AAACAAUUGGUGAAAAUGGGAAAACGAUGUGCUUCACUGGAAAUUUAUUAGAAGGGGCUGUGGGCAGCAGUAAAUCAAGAGUGCACUUCAGCUGCAUCAUAUUAUUAUUAUCGAGCAUCGAAUGAACGAUCAUGGAAAAUUUCAUGGCAGCAAACAAUACGCGAACGGGGAAAAGCACAACCGUUUUGGAGGUGUUCCUUCCUCCACUCAUCAGCGGCCCACUCGAGCGGAAAUGGUUUACGGUUGGCGUUUCGGGAGAAAAUCAACCACUCAUCAUCGAUCAUCAACAGCGGGGGGGGGCCGUAAAAGAAAACACAACUACUUUUGACCUACAAAGUUUGGGACCGACGAAAAACUGCACGUGCUUGAAGGAAUAGUUGAGGAUCGUGAAGGAAGUAGAGAACUGUUUGAGAAGUUGUGCAGGUCGGAAGAAGCCAGUGUGACAGUGAUUCGGAAGCAUAGCAGGGCUACAGUUCUUUGUUGCAGAUUUUGCAUGGAUCCCUACAAAGAACCCAACCAACCAAGCGUCAAGAUGAGCCAGUACUAUUUCCCGAUCGUGUUCGUUUUUCUGCUAGAGAUUCUACGUCUCGCACAGUCACACCCAUUUCUGUUCAACUCGGGAAACCAGCAGCGCCGAGCGCAGAUCGAAUGGAAAUCGCCCGAGGACAACUGGACGGCCGAAGCGGCACCCAGAAGCAUCUAUCCGCUGUUGCAAAAUCAGUACAACAAGCAUCAGCUGCCCCCGACCAACCGGUACGAGAUGAUCGAGGGCGAUGAGGACGAGCAGUCGUUGAGGCGGAUGCAGGAGGCGCGAGAAAAUGCAUCCGCCCGCACGCUUUUCUACACCACCAAGGAGGAGUCGCAUCUACCGCCGCUGCUAACAAAGACGAUCAAGUACUUCAACCUGCAGCAGGUCGCGUUCGAGCUGGAAACAAGCGUCAUGUCGCAGGUAUCCUGUACCGCCUGCAAAGCUGGAGCCGGUUUGCUUCAGCACUACAUUCGCACGGGCAAAAGCAAGGAGGAGAUCAUCAAAAUGAUUUACCAGUACUGUGUGAACCUGAAGAUUCAAUCGGCGCGCGUCUGCGAAGGUGUUAGCCAGCUGUUCGGUGUGGAGGUUAUAUAUGUGCUCAAGCGUAUAACGAUCGGGCCGGAUGAGAUAUGCAGCUUCAUCAUUGGUGAUGCGUGCGGUGAUAUUUAUAAUCCGUAUCACGAGUGGGAGGUCGAAUUCCCGCCAGUGCCGAAGCCUGAUCCGCGCGAGCUCGGUUUGCCGAAGGAAGCGGCCCCAGUGUUUAAGGUGUUGCAUUUGUCCGACACACACUUCGAUCCGUACUAUGCCGAAGGAUCGAACGCGGACUGUAACGAACCGUUGUGCUGCCGGUUGACGAAUGGGCGGCCGACGACUCCGAACGGUGCCGCCGGCAAGUGGGGUGACUAUCGGAAGUGUGACACACCGCAGCGGACGGUGGAUCACAUGCUGAACCACAUCGCGGAUACGCACUCCGACAUUGAUUUCAUCAUCUGGACGGGUGAUCUGCCACCGCACGACGUGUGGAACCAAACGAAGGAGGAGAACCUGAAGGUGCUGAAGGAGACCGUCAAGCAGAUGACGGAAAAGUUCCCCGGCAUUCCGAUCUUUCCGGCGCUGGGCAAUCACGAGAGUGCACCGGUCAACAGCUUCCCACCGCCGUACGUCCAGCAGGUGGACAGCUCGAUUGCCUGGCUGUACGACGAGCUGGAUGUGCAGUGGCGCCGUUGGCUUCCGGCGAGCGUUUCACAUACGGUGCGGCGCGGUGCCUUCUACUCGGUGCUGGUGCGACCGGGCUAUCGGAUCAUCUCGCUCAACAUGAACUACUGCAACAACAAGAACUGGUGGUUGCUGCUGAACUCAACGGACCCGGCCACCGAGCUGCAGUGGUUCAUCUACGAGCUGCAGAGCGCCGAGUUUGCGGGUGAAAAGGUGCACGUGAUCGGACACAUACCGCCCGGUCACUCGGACUGCUUGAAGGUGUGGAGCCGCAACUACUACAAGAUUGUGUCGCGGUUCGAGAGCACCAUUACGGCACAGUUCUUCGGCCACACGCACUUUGACGAGUUUGAGGUGUUUUACGACCCGCACGAUCUGAGCCGUGCGACCAGCAUCGCGUACAUUGGGCCGUCGGUGACGCCGUACAAUGACCUCAAUCCGGGCUAUCGGAUCUACUACAUCGACGGUGAUCAUGAUGAAACUACACGGCUGGUCGUCGAUCACGAAUCGUGGAUUAUGAAUCUGAAGGAGGCUAACCUCUACGAUUAUCCGAUCUGGUACAAGCUGUACUCGACCCGGGCGGCCUACGGCAUGAAGGGUCUGCGGCCCGCCGACUGGGAUCAACUCAUCAACAACAUGACCGACAGCAAGGAGCUGUUCGAUCUGUACUACAAGCACUACUGGAAAAACUCACCGGUCAAACCGGAGUGCGAUUACGAGUGCCGCAAGCGCAUACUGUGCGAUGCGAAGAGUGGGCGAUCGCACGAUCGCAAGUACUUCUGCGAGGUGGUGGAAGCGAAGAUCGACGAGAGCAACAAGGGCUGGAAAGAUUGGAUCUUCAGCUCGAUUAGCUCCUCCAUAUCCUAUGCCAUUCACGGUAUAACGAAAAUUUUCUGGCGAAAACGAUGACCGCCUGAGGGUGAGCAAUGGUGAUCCCUGACAUUGCCGAUCUACAUCCCGAAGUGGUAGGAGACUAUGCGUCCAGUGCGAUAUCCCCGACUGGUUCAACCAACUUAAGCAACGAUCGGAUGAGUGAUCGUGAGAAAUUGCGUGAUACACGAGUGAAGUACGAGGGUCAAUGCGGGGACCCUCUUCAGUUCAGAGUGAAACACAUUGGUAUGGACGGUAGGUUUGUGAUAAACGAAUUGAUUCCAGUUAUUGCUGCAGACGGUACAAUCGAAUUGUACUCCAAACGAAACGUGGUAGAUGGUCUGCCGUGACCAGGUGACUCCAGCGGCUGAAUCGAACUGAACCGGAAACUCUUAACAAAACCGGCUGUCUCCGGUUUUGACCGAACGAACAGACUUUUUUUCAUCUAGGAAAACACAGGUACUCGACUGCUAGGAGGACGCUAGGGCGUGCAGGAGCCGUAACUUAGGAUUAGGAUGUAUUACAAUUCCGCUAACAGAUAAAUAGCGUUAGAAAAUCUCACCUGCCUGUAAAUAAGAUGCAAUGCAAUCUCACCAAAAUAAAUUAUUUCAAAUUGUA